AUGACUUGCUCGACACACUUUGCGAAGCCCAAACGACGACGCCAGCAGCGCCGUGGAAACUCCAGAAGCUCCGUUCGCAUCUCUCUCAUGGCGACGACGCCGGCCGGAACUCCGGCUCCUCCAUCUCCGAUCGCCAUCGGCGAUUGCGAAGUGACGAUCGAAUCCAAGAAGUUCGCGCUGGAAUCCGACCCGAACUGCCUCAGCAUAUCCGUCUCCAGGAAGGCGCAGAUCAAGAUCGCAGUGAAAGGAGAUGGGAGUAGGGCCAGCGACGAUGGAAAUAGGCUCGCGGAAUGUAAAGGCAAGGAGCUCGUGUUCUCAGGCGAUGAAUACUAUUUCGUCUUGGUUAAUCCGAAAGAUGCUGAUUCCCGUUGCAAAUCACUGAUUCAGGAAGUGCUAAAACUGUAUUCAAAAGAACUGCCUGCAAUGAAUUAUGCUGCUAACACAGGGAAGGAGUCGAUGUUCCUUGAGCGAUGCGUAGCCAACGGGAAAUACCGCACACUGAUUUUGAAAAGAAAAUCUUUGGACGGUCUUGAGGAGGUUUUGGCUGCAAUUACUUAUCAAAUAGUGCCUGCCGACACAAAUUAUGCUGAAAUCCCUCUUGCCGCUGUUAGUGCAAUUUACCAACAUAAGGGCAUAGGCCGCCUCUUGUUCACGGAACUGAGAAAUAGACUUCAGAGUGUUGGUAUCUGUGCAAUAUUUUGCUGGGGAGACAAGGAAUCUGAAGAGUUUUGGUUUAAGAUGGGCUUUGUAUCAGUUGCAGAGGUUGACAGCAAGGGUAGAGCUCGCAGGCUUCCAAUCAAGGCUGACAUUCGAAAAGCAUUAUGCUUUCCAGGUGGUUCAACACUCAUGGUUUCUCAUCUUAGCAAGGAUAUUUCAGUUGAUCCUUCAGAUUCACUGAAAUUGUCUAUAAGACAAAGCAAGAUGUUCUCCUCGUUUGCUUGUGUUAAAAUCCAGGGGCUUGGUCCCUCAGGAGAAAAUUGUGCUACUCUGGCAAUGACGAGCAGGACAGAGAACUGCCAACCUGAAGAAUUGCUGAUGGAUGGGAUCACAAGAGAAGCUGAGAAGGUGGAGGGAACUUCUCAAAAUCAUGGCAGUGGUAAGGACAAGGUUCCUUCCAACAAAAUGGACUACCAGAACAAAGAAUACAGUGCUAAACUUUCUGACUGUGGAGCCCAUGAUAAUGUAGAUCGCUGUCAUUGCUCUGGACAUGGCAAAAAGAGGAUAGUAUGGGAAGCUACGUUAUCCUCAUUGAAGUCCAAAAAAGUGAAGGGAAGCCAACAAGCUGAUUGCCAGUUAUGUUGUGAUGGGAAUCCAGUUUUAGAAAGUGAACGAAAUGAUUCUCAUUCUGAAGGAUGCUUGUCUGGAUUUCCAAGAAAUAAUUUCCUAGGGGAAGCUAUUCCUAGCAACCGUGAGGAAAAGAAUGCUAAAAAAUGGACCUCAUUAGACACAGCAUCAACAGCGCCCCCCCAAAAUGAAGUUCAUUCCGGAGAAGCAUGCUUCAGAAUCAUGCUGAUGGACAUAGCUGAAGAUACUAAGAAAGCCCAUCUCACAAAGGUAAUUGAAGGACUUGGGGGUGUUGUAGCUUCGGAUGGAAGCACAAGCACACACAUCGUAACUGGGAAAGUCAGGAGGACUCUGAAUUUCUGCACUGCCCUCUGCUCAGGAGCUUGGAUACUUUCGCCCCUUUGGUUGAAACAGAGCUUUCGUGAAGGCAGAUUCGUGGAUGAACUGCCAUAUAUAUUAGAUGACAAAGACUAUUCCCUGAAGUAUAGAUCUGAGUUAAAAGGUGCAGUUCUCAGAGGAAAAGCUAGACCAAGGGCUCUACUUGAAGGGUAUAAUGUAUGCAUCUCGGCUCAUGUUCAACCCCCCAUUAAGACUAUGACAGCCAUUGUAAUUGCCGCUGGUGGAACAAAAAUUCAGAUCAUUCGUCGACUGGACAAAGUGAAUGAUCCAUCAAAGACAAUUUUCAUAGCAUGUGAGGAAGAUAUGGAGGAGGCAUUGGUGGCUGCAAAGAAGGGAGCAUGGACAUUCAGCAGUGACUGGUUCAUGAAUUGCAUCAUGAGACAACAGCUUGACUUGGAGGAGCCACAGUUUGCAGAGUCUCUAUAAGAACAUGUCGAUGAAAUGAAAUCCUACAACUACGAUUAGAGAUGUAAAUGUCUUUUUCUUUUUGGCAUGCAAUGUACAGGACCGACAGCCCCAUAGUUAUAAAUAACUGCCAUGAUCAUGGAAAAUCUUUUCAUC